GCCCGGUUGAAACUUCCGUGGGCCGGCCGGAUCCAUCCAACUCCGACUCUCGAUCGAGUUUUCUGGCGUAACAUUCAAUUAACUUAAAAAUGGCACCGUGCAGCUCGAAGCUCUUAUUGGUGAAUGGCGUCCCGUUGGCCGGCGACGUUCCCCCCGUCGCCACGUUCCUGCAGUCCACUGCUGGGGCUUAUACCACCACCCGCACUUAUGGCGGUGCCUCCCUCGUCCUCUUCUUGGAACGCCAUAUCCGCCGCCUCGUCCACUCCGCCCGCCUCCUCUCCCAGUCCCGACCCAGCCUCUUCUCCGCCGGAUCAGUCCCCGCCGUGUUCCCUCUCAUCGACUCCGUUCCGCAUCGGAUCCACGACUCGCUUGAAAUUGGCCUCCGCCUCGCUCUACGGGACCGAGACCGCUCUGGGAGCACGGACGAGCUGGCCAUCACGGCCUUGGUCCGGGGCCGUUGCGACUCUGACGGCCUGGAUGUGCUACUCCAUGUAGGUUUCUUCAUUCCGCCCCCAUUUGGUGCUUUUGGAGCGCGACUGGCGGUCGCUGGUCCAGGGAGGGAUUUGGCAGAGGCCAAAUACUCAGAUUGGGUGCGGGUAAGACAGGGGCUGGAGAAGAUGAGGCCUCCAUCAGUGACGGAGCUCUUGUUGACGAAUGAUGGUGAUAGCAUCCUAGAAGGAACUGUGACCAACUUCUUUGUUGUUCGUAGAAAGGUCAUUCAUGAUUUCACAGAACCACCUCCAACUGAACAAGAAUUAUGUUCAUUUGUAGUGCAAACAGCUCCAAUUAGUGAUGGGAUACUUCCAGGAGUUAUACGCCAGUUAGUGAUUGAAAUUUGCUCUAGCAUGAACAUACCAAUUGAGGAGGUUGCACCAUCAUGGUCAGACCAUGCGCUUUGGCAAGAGGCCUUCAUUACAAGUAGUUUGAGGCUUGUACAACAUGUUGAGACAAUCCAGUUUCCAACUUCAUCAAAGAUAUUGCACACGAGAUCUUUUCAGGAAUUUUCAUGGGCAACAAAGCAGUUUCAAGGAAUAGGACAUAUCACUAGACACAUUCAGAAUGAAAUAAUCAAUAGAGCAGCCGAAGAAUCAUUCAAGAUAAACCAAUAUUCAUAAGACUGAUUACCUAAUCCAAAUUAUGGUCUCAGAUGAAUAUAUAGACACUGACGUUAUUGCCAAAUGUUGCAAAGUUACAUGGCUUGUCCUAGACAAACUCGGAGAUUGGAGAUGAUUAUGGAUUUGUUUUGUUAAAUCGUGUUUACAUAGUUACUUUUGUGUGAAGACAUUUGUUUUUCUUAUAUGCUCAUAGCAUAACAGAACAGUAUAUAUGUAUUCUAAAGGAGAUCAUUUAUAAUCUUUGCUUGGAAUUUA